AUGGGUGCUGAUGAACUGAGGCUGGCGGAUGGAGGCAGCCCCUGUGCCGGGAGAGUGGAGGUUAAACACAACAAUCAGUGGGGGACGGUGUGUGAUGAUCGCUGGGACAUGGAAGAUGCUGAGGUGGUUUGUAAGCAGCUGGGAUGUGGAUCUGCUGUCAGCGCCCAUGUUUGGGCUCAUUUUGGACAAGGAUCUGGACCAACUUGGCUGAUUGUAGUUGAUUGUGAUGGUGAUGAGUCAGCUCUCUGGGACUGCAAACAUCCAGGAUGGGGUAUAAUCACAUGCUCUCAUUCUGCUGAUACUGGAGUGAUCUGCUCAGGUCACAUUGAGCUCCGGCUGGUUGGAGGGGGCACUGCCUGCUCAGGACGUGUUGAAGUAAAACAUGGAGAAACAUGGGAGACAGUCUGUGAUUCACACUUAGAUUUCAAAGCCGCUACAGUUAUCUGUAAUGAAUUAGGGUGUGGACAGGCUGUAGCCACCUUGGGAACAGCUCACUUUGGAGAAGGACAUGAUCUGAUCUGGAAGGAAGCAUUCCAGUGUGUGGGGAAUGAGACUGUCCUUUCAAACUGUCCCAGGAUGUCCCAUUCUAAUGAGACAUGCUCCCACGCUAAUGAUGUUGGCCUAUUGUGCUCAGGGUAUGCCGGGUACAGGCUGGCAAAUGGCAGCACAGGGUGUUCGGGGAGAGUGGAGCUUCACCAUGGAGGCGCCUGGGGAACCCUCUGUGAUUCCCAGUGGGAUUUACAGGCUGCCCACACCCUCUGCCAGCAGCUUGACUGUGGAUUCGCCCUGUCAAUGCCAGCAGGGCAGCUCUUUGGGACAGGAGAUGGGCCUGUCUGGAACGGCACGUUUGGCUGCGAGAGGAACGAAUCCCGUCUGAGGGACUGUCCUGUUACUGCUCUGGGUACAACUGAGUGUCCCCCUGGGAGCAAAGCCAGCGUGGUGUGUUCAGGUCGUUCAGCAUCACUCCGACUGUUGAAUGGAGAGAGCCGGUGCGAUGGGAGAGUUGAGAUUUCCCUCCAUGGUGCUUGGGGCAGAGUGCUGGAUGACCAGUGGGACAUGAACGAUGCCAGCGUGGUGUGCAGGCAGCUCCAGUGUGGAGUCUCUGAGAAAGCUUUUAACCUCCCUAAGUCUGGGCGAGGAACGGGCCCCGUGGGGCUGAGAAGUGUCCAGUGUGCAGGAAAUGAGACUCGUCUGACUCUCUGCAACGUCUCCACAUCUGAGACCACUCAGGCACGAAUUGCUGAGGAUGUCGGUGUUGUUUGCUCAGGAAGCAGGCGGAUCAGGCUGGUGAAUGGGGCGGGUCGCUGUGCUGGGAGAGUGGAGAUCUAUUACAAUGGCACCUGGGGGACAGUCUGUGAUGAUUCCUGGGACCUACUGGACUCCAAUGUUGUUUGCAAACAACUGGGAUGUGGCCAUGCCAUAAGUGCAACUCUCACUGCUCAUUAUGGGCAAGGAUCCGGGCAGAUCUGGCUGGAUGAUGUGAACUGCUCUGGGAAGGAAUCUGAUCUCUGGGAGUGUCCUUCCGGGGGCUGGGGCCAGCACAACUGCAGACACAAACAGGACGCAGGAGUUCUCUGCUCAGAGUUCACAGAUCUGAGGCUGGUGAGCAGCAGUGACUGUGCUGGGCGCCUGGAGGUUUUCUACAAUGGGACAUGGGGCAGUGUUUGCUCAAAUCAGAUGACUGGCAUCACCCCGACAAUUGUAUGCAAACAGCUGAACUGUGGAGAUGGAGUGCUAACUGCAGGAGAAUUUCAACAUGGGGAAGGUUCUGGUCUCACGUGGCUGAACCAUGUUAAGUGCACUGAGCAGCACAGCUCCCUUUGGCAGUGUCCCUCAGGCCCAUGGAAAUGGCAGCCAUGUGAUCACCGAGCAGAAGAGACCCAUAUUAUUUGCAAUGAUUCUUCAAAUGGUGUGAUGAAGACAACAGCUUCACUGUUUAGAAGAGUUCCCCCGCGCCGCCCUCCGACCGACAGUGGGAGAGUCACGGUGCCCGUGGUCAUCUGCAUUAUCCUGGGGGCCCUGCUCUGCCUGGUCUUAAUCAUUCUGGGCGCGCAGGUGCGAAGUGCCAGGGCACAGCGCAAAGACUCCAGAAGAUCCUCGGACCCUUUCACUGAAGCCAUAUAUGAGGAGAUUGAUUAUAACCUGAAUGGAGAGAAGCAGAUGUUGGGUCACUCAGUCUCCUAUUCAGAUGAUUCACUGAUGAAACUUCGGUAUUACACCAGGGACAGCGAGGUGGGAAAUGAUCCUGCAUCAGAACAAGAGGGAGUUUCCCCUUGGGGGUCUCAGUUGGAUUUCGAUAAUGUGGAGGACCCUGUGUCAAGUGAUGUGCUCCUGACUUCAGACAGCCAAGAGGCUCCUGCACUGCCUGGAAAUGUCACAGAGAACGGUUAUGAUGAUGUCAAAGAAGUUUCUGACCCCAAUGAUAACCACGGCCCCGGGCAGUGUGCCUGGGAAGACACUGGAGCCCCAGGAGAGAGUGACAGGAACAGGGAUUCACAGACAGAUUGGAGUCUGCACUUGCUAAGAAGUGAAGAGGUCUCUGAGGCUGAGAGAGACGCCCUGUCCCUACUUCCUGGAGACCCAGGUUAUGAUGACGUUGAAGAUGGGGUCUCUGGGACAUCACUAUAAGAAUGCUGAGUUCAGAUCAAAUAUCCUGUGAGGACAUAAAUGUUGUAUGAUUGGGCUAUUCUUCUCUCAAAUGCUCUCUGGGCCAUCAGAAACAAUCCCUACCUGGGAACUAGUUCAUACAGCUUUUAUAUUGCAGUUUUGUCUGCUUGCAAGAAAUAUGUGUGACUGAGACAGGGUCUGUGGUUUCCCCUGUAAUUCCCAAUUGAUCAGACUGUCUGGAACUGUCCUGCUUUUUUA